AUGUUCCACUAUCCAGAGCCGCCACCGCCUGUUCAUCCCCCGGCCCGUGUGGUGUACGUUGACGAGUACGGCCGCGAAGUCGUUCCGAGACACGCCGACCAACGCGACUUGUAUCGUGGUGGCCGCGAUCACCCUCGCGACGACGAGCGGUAUGGUCGAUAUGUUGCGGUUGAGAGAGGCGAGCCGUAUCAGAGACGGGCACGAUCACCUCCUGCAAACCAAGGCAGCUACGCUCCACCAUCUCGUGCCCCUACGGGGCAGUACUGGGACCGCAGCCCACCCCUAGCGCGACGAUACGCCGACGAGCCAGUGUAUUCCGGAUUCCCCGUGGGCUACGAGGAAGCGCAUGAACGUGGUGCGCUGCCUGGACCGCACCAUCAUUAUGCCCGCGCCCAGCCACGCCAAGAGCACUAUUUAGACUAUGCCGAUAGGGCGGGUCGUGCGGAGGUGGCCUACCGACCAGCAGAAUAUGACCCAUACGAAACUUAUGAAGUCGUGCAGGUUACUGGACCAGAAGGCGAGUACCUGGUCAGACGUCCAGUGCGACGGGAGGCACCGCAUGCUGGCCAGAGGGGUUCUGAGCGCCACUAUCCGUCCUCGACAGUAACCCCUGCACCCGUACCGUAUGAUGGUGUCGGCGGAAGGGAUGCUGGUGGCAUUGUGCGACACGAUCGCGCUGAAAGCUACCGCGAGUCAGGCUACGGCGCACGGUCCGAAACCUACGGUGCCGGAAACCUGGCGUACGGACGACGCGUUGUGGGCGAAGGACCAGAAGCAGUACCACACCACUCGGUGGCGCGGUCAAACUCGGCCUAUUAUGACGAGUAUGACCCGCACAACCCAUCGAGUGGAGGGGCAAUGCAGGAGGCACCGAGUCAGAUACAGUACCACUAG